AUGGACAGGCCCUCGACCCGCCUGCCAGAGUUCGACUGGUCGAGUAUGCCCAAAGUGGAUGGGCGCAAGAUCGCUGGCCGUGCCCAUGGCCGCUACGACUUGACAACAGGAAGAACCUCCACCUUUCACGAGAUGGUGUCCGGCUCCGCGAUCGAGCGCAAACUCACUUUCAACAAGAUCACGGCAACUCAGCUCGGCACCAUCGAAGUCAACCUGGAAGGGGGCACCAGGCAGCUCAGCACCCUCUCGGGCUUGCCCACACUUUCGCCUGCCGCCCAUCAUACGAUUGAUGAGAAGCUGAAGAAGUACGCUACUCGUCCGGUCCUGAUGCUGAAGGACAUCAUCCCCACCCCGCGCGGUGAGCAGGAAGAACCUCCUGCUCUCAUCGCAGCGGGGACCAAGAAGGAGAAAGAGAACGUCAAGGUGAAGAAGGAAAAGCAGACCAAGAAGCGCAAGAGCGCCGGAGGUAGGAGCGGGGAGGCAGGUCCAAGCCGCAUUCCCCUCGGCGUCGCCGCCGCGCCCCAUGAUGAUGAGAUCCAGCCCCUCGAAACUCCCAGCAAGAAGCGCAAGAUUCACACCGUCGACCUCACGAACGACCGCAAGCCCCCUGUGUUCAUUAACCUGCUCGACUCUGACGACGAGGACGAGAAGCCCUUCAUUGUGUUCUCUUACUCUGUUCAUAUACCAUUAGAUCGUCUCAUUCGAACCGAUGAAACUCGUCGGCAGUUACUGGAAGGAUUGGGAGACGAGUACCAGGUUGAGUACGUCGCCGAGGGUCCCACAAAAGUGCGCGUCGCCAACGUUCACAUCGAGUGCGAGGAUGGGCAGGUCAGUGUCCGCGAUAACUUUGACAACCCGGCACAGCUGACAAGCGAGGAGUUCGGUAUUGUUGUCCAACCCGCCCGCCGUCCCCGCUUCGACUGGAACAUGAAUCCUAUGGUGGAUGGGCGUGAAGUGGCCGGUCUCACUACGCAGAGCGGCGAGAUCAGUCCAGCCUGCAUCUCGACAUUCUACGACUUGGUGGCAGACGCAGUGUAUGAGCGCAAACUGGCAUUUAGCAAGAUUAACAGGAUCGAGGACGGCCCUAUCCUCGAUUCGGGGACGGCCAGCCAGCUGGGCACCAUCGAGGUGCUCCUCGAGGCCGGUACUGCCUAUCUCGUUGAGGGUAUGAACAUUCCUCCCAUCACGGCCGCGCCGCAGGACACAGUCGCACUCAGCAGUUACGUUGGUGGCGGUACCGUCGUCGGCACCGUGGAGGCCGAGACACUGGCUCAGCUCGUUCCCAACCCCAAGAUCCCGGUCUACAAGAUCCAUAUGACGUACGCGACCCGCCCCGUCUUGAUGCUCAAGGACAUCAUCCCGAGUCCUGCGGCCGCUGUUGAGGCUCCCGCUCCUCGUAUCGCGGGCAAGAAGAAGCGCAAGAGCGCCGACGCUGCUCCUGAGGCUGGCCCGAGCCGUCUCCGCCCCGAAGCGACCACGGGUCAGAGCAAGAAGCGCAGAUCUCGCCUCGCCGAGCAGGAGGAUCGCAAGCCCGUCAUCAUCAACUUACUGGACUCCGACGACGACGGCGAGGGCGAGGGCGAGGAGCGCAAGCCGAUCAUCGUGCACUAA